AUGGAUAGUAAGAAAGAUUUCAAAACGCCUAAGAUAUCAUUCCAAAUACCUACUGUCACUACUACGACUACAGCCGCCAAUGGAAAUGACAAAUCGAAUAAGCUCCAGCAAAAUAGGAAUGAUCUGGAUCCAAGGGUCAAUAAAAGAGUAAUGAUUCAAUCUGGAUGUAGUACGUUAGGCUCUAAUGUUGCCGAUAGUGACGAUGAUAAGAAUAAUAAUAAGAAGAAGAUACGAAAUAAGGUUAGGUUAAAACCAGGGCAUUCUGCGUUAGAUUGGUAUAAAUUAACCAACGAGGUUGGUAUCCAAGGGAAAUUGAUCACUGGAUUAGAUUCCUUAAUUAAAGAUGAGGACUUUUUGAAGUUAAAUAACCCUAAUGCCGGUAAUUUUAAAUGCUUUAUGUUCGGUGUACCAACUUUUAAAUUGAAACCUUAUCUCCGAUUUAAUCAUAAAAUUUUACAAAAACAUGUGAGUGAAGAUGAUUGCUGGACCGUUCAUAAUGGCAAAGUUUAUUGUAUGACAUAUUAUUUACAUUUCCAUCCUGGUGGUGCUGAUAUACUUCUCGAGGAGGCAGCGGGGAAAGAUUGCACGAGAUUAUUUAAUGAAUAUCAUCCAUGGGUUAAUGUUGAAAAACUAUUUGAAACUUGCCUAAUAGGAGCCUAUGUAAGUGAACCAUAA